AACUGUCAGUUGUCUAAAGUUAGGGUUGAUACAGGAAAAGUGUGAUAGCCAAUUGGCAAGGUUGAGUGUGAUGGUUCUCUUAACAUGUCAACAAGAACUAUCUUCCUAGUAUUUUGAUAUUCCACACCGUCAGCUUGGGUGGCAUGUAGUGAUAUACAACCAGGCAUUUAUCUAUUACUUUAUGACUAACUAGGCAUCCUUCACUAUUUUAUCUUCGUCAGAAGACAGCCCUAUCAGGAAUAGAACUUACGUAUUAAAACAUCCAGACUCAUACUUCUGACUCAUACUAGUUGGACGUAGCUGUAAUCUGCCAGAGAUCUCUCGCCUCAUAUUGAAAGAGCAGUGGUGUGGAUCCCUGUAGCUCAUCAGAGCUCUGUUGUGAAGCACAGCGCUAUGCGGCACCCUUUCAUCGCCUGCGUAAGACGCUACUGUGAGCCCAAACGCAUACAGCAGCGGCCUGAGGUCACGCCAUGGGGGGCAGCCGCCCAAUAAGCGUGCUUUCCAUGAAGGACCAAAAUAGCCGCCAGUUGUUGAAACAAACAUCCCCAUGGCAACAAGAGAUAAAUGUCAUUCCACUGUGACUCCACAUUUAUUUGAGUCUCGCUGGACGCAAUGGAUUAGGAGAGACGUGCAGCAUUCUGGUGUGUUGUGAAGGACCGCGUCACUAUAUCAGCUCCACUGCCACAAUGACUGACCGCAUGGACUGUUUCUACUGCCGUGACAACCUGCAGGGGAAGAAGUACGUCACCAAGGAAAGCAAGCACGUCUGUGUGCGCUGCUUCGACAAGCUCUGUGCCAACACCUGUGCUGAAUGCCGCCGCCCCAUUGGUGCAGAUGCCAAGGAAUUGAACCAUAAGAACCGUCAUUGGCAUGAGGACUGCUUCCGCUGUGCCAAGUGCUACAAGCCCUUAGCAAACGAGCCCUUCUGUGCCAGGGAUGAUGGCAAGAUCAUGUGCGGCAAGUGCAACUCCCGUGAAGACGGUGCCCGGUGCCAGGCCUGCUACAAGGUCGUUAUGCCAGGCACUCAGAACGUGGAGUACAAGAACAAAGUGUGGCAUGAGGAGUGCUUCACUUGCUUCGAUUGCAAGCAGCCAAUCGGUUCGAAAAGCUUCCUGACCAAGGGGGACGACAUCUACUGUGCCCCUUGCCAUGAGAAGAAGUUUGCCAAGCACUGCUUUGGCUGCAAGGAGGCCAUCACCACUGGUGGCAUCAGCUACCAGAACCAGCCCUGGCACUCGGACUGCUUCGUGUGCCGCACCUGCAAGAAGGCUCUGGCUGGAACCUCCUUCACCUCCCACGAGGAUGCGGUCUACUGUGUGGACUGCUACAAGACCUCUGUGGCCAAGAAGUGCAAUGGCUGCCAGAACCCAAUAACAGGAUUUGGCAGGGGCACCAACGUGGUGAACUACGAGGGGCACUCCUGGCAUGAGUACUGCUUCAACUGCAAGAAGUGCUCCCUGUCUCUGGCCAAUAAGCGCUUUGUGAUCAAUGGCGAGGACGUCUACUGCCCCGACUGUGCCAAGAAGCUGUGAGGUGGCAGUGGGAUACGGAGGGUCCAGCCAUAUGGGCAGUGAUGCCAUAAGAGGUGUUGGGGAACUGGUAAUCUAACGCAUCUUUAUGUUUCAGCUGCAGUGCUAAACGGGCUAUACAAUGUAAUAACUAGCAACAAAUAACAUGUACUAUUGCAGGUUUAAAUAAAUGGGAGAUUUACUUUAGUGUUAUCUUCAUAAUAAAUGUAUCCGUUUUAAACUUUAAACUAGUAAAGCAUCAGAAAAAUCUCCAUCGCCAUUAAAAUGUCCAUGUUUCUUCAACUGAAUGACAGAAUAAUGUGCUUUAAGACCUGCACCAUUCAACACAACUAAGCGCUUUUAGACUGGAGGACAGAAUAAUGUGCUUUAAGACCUGCACCAUUCAACACAACUAAGUGCUUUUAGAUAGUUUAGCUUUAUUUCUGAAACUCACUUUUGUCGUAUUUGAGAAAAGAGCCUUACUGGAAGAUGCAGUCAAAUAAGAGCUGCUAGAAUCAUGUAUUUGCUUCUGUACACCAAACAUGUAUUAAUACUUGGAGUGGAUAAGUUUCUCUUGUAUGGGAUACGGUGAAGUUGACGUGUGGCUUAGAUCAGAUCAAUACCAAUUCACCUUAGUCACAGAACAUGAGAAAUGCUUGGGGAGUGAAAAUCGAUCUUGUUUGAACAUUAAAAUCCACCUAAAGCUUU